CUCUCAAAACAAAGGAAGACAAACGUAUUAAUCGACUAAAACAUCUACUUCGUCGGUGUACGCAUCACAAAGUUUUAUAGACCAAAACGAAAAAAAAUUGUAAAUUAUUAUUUUUUGUUCUGUAUUUUGUUUUCUAUUCAUUCACUACCCAUUGACUUUUUUUAAGUGGUUAAAUGUUUAAACCGCCGAUCUCAGACGUAGCCAACGACAAAUAGCAUUCGUUUAACCUUUUGUGUAGUGUGUGUUAAAUUCACCAUUCACAAAACCAAUCAAUAACAAACAAAUCUUCUAAAACACUUGUAGUUUGUUUGGCUCAUGAGUAGUAUUUGGGAAGCGACGGAGAGAGAUCGCAUCACGGUUAAAAUUCAUAAUAUGCGGCGUAGCGUUUCACGCGAUUCUCCAUUGCGAUCGAAACGUAGACCAGGAAGUAUGGGACGAUACGACGAUAGCUCAGAUGAACGGAUGAGUCCAGAACGUUUGCGACGCCGAGUAGCUCGAACGCCAAGCCCACGCAGGCCACCAAGUCCGCGCAUACGUUACAUAUCACCACAUCGUGAAGAAUAUGUUCGUGUUCCACGUGAGCCAGUCUAUGAAUCUCGUAGCAAAUACGAGUACAAACGAUCUAUUUCACCUGAAUAUAAAAGACCCUAUUAUGGCGCUGCACCUGUGCCCGAUCAUCGUCGUGUGCCACCCGAUGUGUACGAUCGUUACGGUGGACCACCACCGCAUGUGAUGCAUCAUCCGAGAGAAUUCCGGCCACCAAUGCAUCAUGAAUCAGUUUAUGUGCCACGUGGACCUCCAAUGUAUUAUGCACAUCGACCACCAUAUCAACACUACGUUCCACGGCAUACCGUACCGCGUCAUCCGGUUGCCGAAAAUAAAAAAGAAAAUAAAUUUCCGAAUUACUUGCAUCACGUGCAACCAGAGGACGAUCCAUUGGCAACUCGAACUUUGUUUGCUGGAAAUCUUGAAAUUAAUAUUUCGGAAGAAGAAUUGCGUCGUAUCUUCGGUAAAUAUGGCACUUUAGAAGAUAUCGAUAUAAAACGUCCACCACCUGAUUCAGGUAAUGCAUUUGCAUUCGUUCGUUUCCAUAAUUUGGAUAUGGCCCAUCGCGCCAAAGUUGAAUUGUCCGGCCAAUACAUUGGAAAACUUCAAUGUAAAAUUGGUUAUGCUAAAGUGAAACCAACCACACGCAUCUGGGUCGGUGGUUUAGGUUCAUGGACAUCGCAUACACAGCUUGAACGUGAAUUUGAUCGUUUCGGUGUAAUAAAAAAGAUUGAAUAUCAAAAAGGUGACAUUCAAGCAUACAUUCUAUAUGAAUCAAUUGAAGCUGCACAAGCAGCGGUAAAUGAAAUGAGAGGCUUUGCUUUGGGCGGACCGGACAGACGUUUACGUACUGACUUUUUCGAUCCAAAUCCACCAUCAACAUCGUCAUUUAAACCCAAACCGCCAAGUGGUGGGGCUGCUGGUGCAGAUUAUUACUACCAUGAACCACACCAUUAUGAAGAGGGUGGUGGCUAUUAUCCACCGUAUGUUUCCAGAGGUGGAUAUCGUGGACGUGGACGCGGAAGAGGCAGCUAUCGUGGUGCAUAUUCGGGACAUGAAAGUCAUCGUCCACCACCAGAAGAUGAAUGGAGACGUUCUGCAUCCGAGGUUGAUUACGAACCAAGACCACCGCGUCAUGUCGUUGCAAGAGAGCCAGGUUUAGAGCGAUCACGCUCACGUUCGCCAAUUAGGCGUCGAAGUCCAGAUUCCGAUUCGGACUCGUCGAGUCGUCGAAAUGGUAUGCUUACGGCAGCACGCACACUACCAGAAGUGG